AUGGAGCAGGCGUGGGCCAGGCUGGUCCCCCUCCUUCUGCUCCUGCUCCCAGGGCGAGGCGCUGAAGCCUGCAGUACCAGUGGGUGCUGUUUUCAGGACCCGCCGUAUCCGGAUGCAGACUCAGGCUCGGCUUCAGGCCCCAAGGACCUGACCUGCUACCGGAUAGUCAGCGCUGGUUAUGAAUGUUCCUGGAAGUAUGAGGGCCCCACGGCUGGGGUCAGCCACUUCCUGAGGUGCUGCCUCAAGUCCGAGCACUGCUGCUACUUUGCUGCGGGCUCAGCCACCAGCCUGCAGUUCUCUGACCAGGACGGCGUAGCUGUGCUCCAGCUUGUCACGCUCUGGGUGGAAUCUCGAGCCGAGAACCAGACGCAGAAGUCGCCUAAGAUCACCCUGAAGCUUCAUAGCGCAGUUAAAUACGACCCUCCGUCAGCCAGAGACAUCACCGUGUCUGGGUCCGCGGGGCAGGUGCUCUUGAAGUGGGAGACCCCAGCCCGCCAGGAUGGCGCUGAGGUGCAGUUCCGGCACAGGACAGCCGGCAGCCUGUGGAAGUUGGGCAACUGCGGACGUCAGGAGGAUGCUGGCUUCGAGUCCUGCCUCUGCCCCCUGUGGACGGAUGCAGCCCAGGAAUUCCAGCUACGCAGGCGGCGACUCAAGCCGGGAGCCCCAGGAGACCCCUGGAGCAGCUGGAGCAGCCCCGUGUGUGUCCCCCCUGAACAUCCCCCAAAGCCCACCUUGAAGUUCUCGGUGGAGGCGCUCCGUCCACAUGGGAGGAGGCAGGUCACCCUGCACGGGCAGCUGCCCCAGCUUGAGCUUCCAGAAGGCUGCCUCGGGUCCAACUCUGGCGGGGAGGUGACCUACCGCGCCCGCCUGCACAUGCUGUCCUGCACGUGUAAGACCAAGUCCACAAUGACCUUUCAGCUGAGGAAACCGCUCAAUCUCUCUGGCGCGGCCUAUGACCUGGCUGUUGUUUCCCAGAAUCGCUUCGGCCCCGGCCCCAACCAGACGUGGCACAUUCCUGCCCAAACCCACACCCACACAGGGGCUCUGAAUAUCAGUGUGGGAGCCGAUGGGACCACCAUGCACUGGCCCGCCCAGGCCGGGGCCAAGGCAUAUUGCAUUGAGUGGCAGCCCCAGGGCCGGGACAGGAACCUUACCAACUGCGCACUUACUCCGCCCCAGGACCCGGACCCUACCGGAAUGGCAACCUACAGCUGGAGCAGAGGAUCUAUGGAGCAGAAGGUGUGUUACCACAUCACGAUCUUUGCCUCUCCACGCCCAGAGAAGCCCAUCUCGUGGUCCACGGUCUUGUCCACCUAUCACUUUGGGGGCGAUGCCUCGGGGGCCGGACGCCCACAACACGUGUUGGUGAAGAAGCUCAGCCAGGACUCCGUGUCUGUGGACUGGACACCAUCCCCGCUGAGCACUUGCCCAGGGGUCCUGAAGGAGUACGUCGUGCGCUACCAGGAUGAGGAGGGCAACCUCAUGUCUGAGCUGCCCGUGAAGCCCACAGAGACCCAGGUCACCCUUGGUGGCCUUCGGGCUGGCACAGCCUACACCGUGCAGGUUCGAGCAGACACAGCGACACUGCAGGGCGCCUGGAGUCAACCCCAGCCAUUCAGCAUCGAAGUCCAGGUUUCCCGGUUGUUCGAUUUGUCCAUACUCCUCGUAUCUCUGGGGAGCUUCGCCAGCAUCCUUCUCCUGGGCGUCGUUGGGUACCUCAGCCUGAAAAGGGCUGUGCGGCACCUGUGCCCACCCCUGCCCACACCCUGCGCCAGCACUGUGAUCGAGUUCCCUAGCAGCCAGGGCAAGCAGGCUUGGCAGUGGGCAAGCCCCGCAGACUUCCCAGAGGAGGUGUCCCUGAAAGAGGCCUUGGUGGUGAACACGUCCUGGGAAAAAGGUGAGGGAACUGACCUGGACACACCUGCUGGGGAGGUGAAGACAGAGCUCCUUCGGGGCACUCCUGAACUGGCUUUGGACACAGAGCUGCCCCUGGAGGACAGGAGACAGGUGCAAAGCCACCCCGAGACUCUGGCUCUGGGGCCGGGCAGGCAGGAGGGUCUGGAGGGCAACCCUGCCCAGGUGGCUGGACUCUCACUGCCCUUGGGAGACCUGAUACAGACCCCCAUAUUCAGUGGCCCUUCGCACGUGGGCCUGGAGGCCUGA